AUGGAUGAAUGUAACCGUCCUGGAGAGGCGGCGGCAGCUAAGUGUGCUGCCCCCGGUGCCCGGUGCACAAACCUACCCGGGACGUACGCGUGCACGUGUCCUAGCGCUGCCGCUGCUGAGGCGGCGGCGGUUGUGGCUCCGGACGCUCAGUGCCCGCCCGUGGACGAGUGCGGCUCGGAGGACACGCACUCGUGCACGGCCGCAAACACCGAGUGCGUUAACACCGCCACCUCUUACGAGUGUGAGUGUCGACGCGGGUACGCCAAAGCAGAAGCUGACGGCGUGUGUCACGACGAGGACGAAUGCUUCCGCACACCGGCCCCGUGCCACGGGCAGGCGAGCUGUGAUAACUUGCCAGGCACGUUCGUCUGUAGCUGUAACCAUGGUUACACCGGUGAUGGACAGCGGCUCUGUGAUGACAUCGUGGAGUGCAACGUGGACGGUGGACACAGUUGCCAUGCCGACGCACGUUGUCUGAACACCCGCGGGUCGUACACGUGUCAGUGCAAGAGUGGCUACACUGGAAACGGCACAGCGUGCACGAUCAUUGUCAAAUGUGAUUGUCAUAGCAACGCAACGUGUACCGUGACUGGUCAGUCUUACACGUGUCAGUGCAAGGUUGGUUUCUCUGGAGAUGGGCAAACGUGUCAAGACAUGGAUGAAUGUGACACUACUGGAGAGGCGGUGGCUGCUAAGUGUGCUGCCCCCGGUGCCCUCUGUACAAACCUGCCCGGGAAGUACGCGUGCACUUGCCCUUCCGCCGUCCAAGCCGAGGCGGCUGCGGUCGUGGCUCCGGACGCUCAGUGCCCGCCCGUGGACGAGUGCCACGAGGACACACACUCGUGCACGGCCGCAAACGCCGAGUGCGUGAACACCGCCACCUCUUAUGAGUGUGAGUGUCGAGGCGGGUACGCCAAAGAGAACGCUGACGGCGUGUGUCACGACGAGAAUGAAUGUCACCGCACAUCGCCCCCGUGCCAUGGGCAGGCGAGCUGUCAUAACUUGCCAGGCACAUUCGUCUGUAUCUGUAAAAAUGGUUACACCGGUGAUGGACAGCGGCUCUGUGACGACAUCGUGGAGUGCAGCGUGGACGGUGGACACAGUUGCCAUGCCGACGCACGUUGUCUGAACACCCGCGGGUCAUACACGUGUCAGUGCAAGAGUGGCUACACUGGAAACGGCACAGCGUGCACGAAACUAACGGAUCCCUGUUCGUUGGGAACACAUCGUUGCAUCACUACGGCACACUGCAUCAGUUUAACUCCUACUCAGUACAUAUGCUUAUGUCCCGAUGGCCUUUCACAAACGUCUCGUGGGGAUUGCGAUCCACAUCUGACCGUUGUUUCGCGGUCAAGAAGCGUCAUCUUUCCAAAGGCCGGUCUGACGGCUGUUCUCUUCUGCUCAUUCCGUGGUGUUGUACGCAACGCUCUUCACUGGACUGGCCCAAGCGGCCGCACCCUCUCAACUUCGCCCAAUUGGCACAUUAUCACACCUAAAGUGGCGGGCGAAGUCACCACCAGUAUCCUGAACAUCGUCCGACUUACGCCGUACGACACUGGACAGUACACGUGCUCUGCUGCAAACUCACGCAACACAGCACAGGCAACAUUCCGGAUAGGAGUUGUGACGAGCACCGUCGCAUCAACCACCAGUCCCAGAGCUACCGACACCGCCACCACCGUGAGCAUCCGGCCGAGUUUGCCCAUCACCUCGACGACCCCGCAGCCACCUCACCCGCCCGGUGACAGUGGCUCGACGGACAGGGACGGUGCCACGUCGCAGCUCUCCACAUCCCUAAUGAUCGUGUUCAUCACUCUGGCAGUGGUCAUCAUCUCCGUCGGGUCCUUCAUGCUGCUGAUGCGCGAGCGGCAGAAGCGCAUCAGCAACAUACACGAAGAUUUGGGAAUUAUGAGCCGUUUGCAGACUCAGAUCUCUCAAAUCCGCACCUCAAAGUUACGCGCACCCUGGUCCACCGGACACAGUCUGGACAUGGAUUGUCACCGGAAAGACGCGGUGGACGACCUAGGUUCGCAUGAGAACGCCUACAACCGGCCGGACUGUCUCGAGCCCAAGACAUGCGGCGGGGGCAUCCACCUCAACCUGGCAGCCAGCACUGCGGCAUUCGAACAGCUACGGAGCCUUGCCGACGACGAGGAACCGUGCAACAGCGUUAUUUCGAGCGGUUGCACUACACCUGUUCUCGUGGAUAGCCAGCGCGGCAGCAUGCUCGGCAUAGACGACCCGAUGGGGCGAAGGCGCAGCACGAGCGACGCCUCGUCGGUGGCCUCCCUGUUGCGCAGCAACAGCGCGAGCGGAGCCCGCCCAUCGUCGCUGGGAGGGGGAGGACGCAGCGAGGCGCAGGGGCGACCGAGCAUGGCGGCGUCGUUCCUGUCGCUGAUGCCCAGGCGUGACAGCACCAUCAGCGACAUGAGCUUCCUGACGACCGCCGAGACGGAGAUCUAUUCGCGCUCCACGCACUCGCACGCCGGCGAGUCCCUGUACGAUUCGCUGGUGCCUUCAACCCCGCAGUCCCCGAGUACGGGCGAAUCCUCGUCGCACCAUCAGACCUCGCCGACGCCGUCCACGGUCACGUGCGCCACGACGGCGGCGCAGGAGGCUCGGCAGAAACGCCUGUCCGAGCCCACACACCAUGACUCGCUGGAAGAGAACAACCUGUACACGAUGACGAAAGCCGAGCUGGAGGCCGUCUCGGCGACCAUUCCCGAGUCCGAGUCCUUCGCCAUCGUCUUCUCUCGGCGCGAGGCAGACGAAGCGUCGAUGAUGAACGUGUCGCUAGCAUACGAGGACGUGCAGGAUGUCAAGGCCAACUCGGCAAUAGAGCAGCAGCAACAGCCCAAACCGGCGCAGCAGCAAACGCAAGAGCAGACGUCACCCAGCCAUGACUACAAGAACAUCCUGCUGCCAGACUUUGAGCACAAGUUUGCUCGCGUCGACGGCCAGAGCCUGCGCAGGUCGAUCAAGAAGAAAACGUCGUCCUGCGCAACGCGAGAGCACAAGGUCAGACCGUCGCACGCCCGCCCCAGGCUCGAGGACCAGCACCAUCUCACGGAGGCCGACCACGUCGAGCACAGCGCAUCCAGCCAUCAUCACAAGCGUGGCAGCGUACCGAACGCGGACGAGCUGCCGUUGGAAGCUCGCAACAACAAUGGCAGCAGGCGCGAAUCCAACCUCAAGCCUGGCAUGCUUCCCGGCCGCUCGCGCACCCAGGAACGAGACCUACCCGAGCUGCCUGUCAGCUGUAAUUUGUCUCGGGGCUCGCGCAGCCUGCGGUCUAACCUGCCGCCCCCCAGGGCCGGACACAAGGCGUCGCCGCGUCCCAAGGCAACUGCUACCAAAAGCAGCGGUGCCACCGUCAAGCGGAGACCGACCGAGCUAGUUCCGUCCUUCGAUCGGAGCGCCGCCGGUGGUGGUGGUGGUGGCAGCAGCCCCACGUCGCCAAAGACGCGUCGGAGCUUCCGCGACCCGCUGCCGCGUCCCGCGUACGGGCACACGCGAGCGACUUCGCACGACGCCGCCACCUGCCGGGACGUUCGCAAGUACAACUCCACCGGCAUCAUACCGGCCCUCAGCACCAGGCAGCCGCGCGCCGCUCUGGACGAGCCACCGCUGUCGCCGGGUGCUAUGGCAACGGCGGCGGCGGCAACGCAUAACACGUACGCGGCGCCGAUGACAGAGCUGGCCGAGUCGAUGAAGAUAUGUCUGCCGGAUCGCUACUGCGACUCGGUUGGCAAGAACUCGUUCACCUCGAACUCGUCGUUCCACCUGGCGGACCGUGAGUUGUCGCCGUCGCAGGGCUCGGGCGUGGAGCGCAAGCUCUCCACGCCGAUUGACUUCCUGCGUAAGUCCCUGAUCUCCUUGGUGGGACAGUGGCGCGGAGACGAAGAACCGAUGGACACUCUCGACUCUCCCACCGACGACGGGCUUCAGUUGCAGCGAUACCAGCAGCAGCAGCAGAGACAUCAUCUUGCACAUCCGCAGCAGCAGCAAAAGCAACAGCAGCCGUCGCCGGCCGAGCAGAACGUGAAGCAGGCGCUGAAGGCGCUCGAGUCUCAGCACUCGCUGGAAGACGACCUGGCGCAGAUCGAGUCCAAUGACCUGUGGGAUUUCGACGAUGACGGCGCCACGAGUAGUGACGACGAUGCCGCCAGACGCUACGCAGCCUCCGCACGGGCCAGGGCGCGGCGGAAGUCCGGUGAAUCGGCCACCUCCCACACGGGCACAACGUCUACGAUGACAAGCGAGGACUUGAAGGUGGCCAGUAGCGGCAUUACGAUGACGCCAAAACCCGGCUCCUACCAUUCCAGCAUGUUUGGCACGGGCACGAUUGACCUGGAUCAGGCGAUACCCGAGGAUUCGAUAUUCGACGCAGACGAUGCCGAAUGGGUAGUGGACCGAUGAGAUGUGUGCGUGAUUGCCAGCGCUGUGCGUGCGUGUGUGCUUGCUAGUCGUGCGCCGUUCUACAUCGUGACAUUUCCGGAGAUAUUUCCCGUGUUUGAAUCGGUGAGAUAUUAUAAGCUACGCGUCGCGUCCCGGGUGACAUUGACUGCCCACCAAUCACACGACAGUCAAAACGUGUGCUAGGGGCUCUCGGCGCACCGUUGCUGUAAGACAGGUUGCUGUCUUCUGCUCGCAACCGAGCUGGCAUGAACCUGCUAUGGCGUCGUCAUUCGUCCAUUGCUAUGUACGCAGUGUAUGAUGAUGAUGACACCAUCUGCACGGAAUGAUGACGUCAUAUGUACUGAGUUGUGAGACUUACCCACUCACCCCCACCGUUAGGCGCUGCAUCUGCCGCUAGGGUUUAUCGGGUGUUAGCGGCCGUCGUGAGUUCCCUUCGGGAACGGAUACGAUAAUUUACUUCUUCUUUUUUUAUGUACUGAGUGCUCACGCCAUAUGUGCUGAAUGAUGAUGCCGUCUGAAGUGAGUGAUGACUUUAUAUGUGCUGAAUGAUGACGUCAUGUGUCCUGAAUGAUGAUGUCAUCUGCACUGAAUGAUAAUGAAGACGGUUGUUGAAUGCUCAGUUGUCGCUCAGUGUGCUUACCAGACAACAGAGUGAGUGUACACCGGUAUAUGGAUUGAUGCAGAGACUACAGAGCUCGUGUGGCCUCUAAGAGCUCCAGUAGCGGCUGCAGCAACAGCACCAUCACCACCAUCACUGCCACCGCCACUGAUACUAUUCGAGGAUUUCCUGUACAUUCCCGCGGGAUGGCCGGCACUGGCCUGCAGACGUGUCCGCGAGUCGAUCCUCAUUGCCCGCGAGUCUGUCUGUGCGCACACGCGCGAUUGUCUCUGUGUGAACCGAACAUUCUCCGUACGCAGCGCACCUGCCUUUUGACUUCAUGCGCAAAACCACCCGCUAGCUGAGUGUGUUCCAUAUCUUUACAGAACACACACGUACUCAUUCCCACUCUUGUUGCAACUUUACAUCCCAAUUGUAUGCUCUGUGAACGCUUGCUAACUUUAUGUAAUCUCUCCGCGCUCUA